CCAUGCACUGAACAAUAACUGGCCGAAUACAUCAAGCUAUGGUAACAUCUCUAAAUGAAGAUAAUGAGAGUGUAACUGUCGAGUGGAUUGAAAAUGGAGACACUAAAGGCAAAGAGAUUGACUUGGAGAGCAUAUUUUCACUUAAUCCAGAUCUUGCACCUGAUGAAGAUAUUGAACCCAGCCCAGAGACACCACCACCUCCUACUCCCUCAGCCAAAGUAAACAAAAUAGUGAAGAAUCGACGGACUGUGGCUCCUAUUAAAAAUGAAACUCCUGCCAGAGACAACAGAGUGGUUGGUUCUGCACGGGCACGUCCUACUCAACUUCCUGAACAGUCUUCCUCUACACAACAGAAUGGUAGUGUUUCAGAUAUAUCUCCAGUUCAAGCUGCAAAAAAGGAAUUUGGACCUCCUUCACGUAGAAAAUCUAAUUGUGUGAAAGAGGUUGAAAAAUUGCAAGAGAAGCGUGAAAAAAGGAGGUUACAGCAGCAGGAACUCAGAGAAAAAAGAGCUCAGGAUGUUGAUGCCUCAAAUCCAAAUUAUGAAAUUAUGUGUAUGAUAAGAGAUUUUAGGGGAAGUUUGGAUUAUAGACCACUGACAACUGCAGAUCCUAUUGAUGAACACAGGAUAUGCGUUUGUGUACGAAAACGGCCACUCAAUAAAAAAGAAACGGUAAUGAAAGACCUUGAUGUAAUAACAAUUCCUAGUAAAGAUGUUGUGAUGGUACAUGAACCGAAACAAAAGGUGGAUUUAACAAGGUACUUAGAAAACCAAACAUUUCGCUUUGACUAUGCCUUUGAUGACACAGCUCCUAAUGAAAUGGUUUACAGGUUUACAGCUCGACCAUUAGUGGAGACCAUAUUUGAAAGGGGCAUGGCCACAUGUUUUGCAUAUGGACAAACUGGCAGUGGAAAAACCCAUACUAUGGGUGGUGACUUUUCAGGAAAGAACCAAGAUUGUUCUAAAGGAAUUUAUGCACUUGCUGCUCGGGAUGUCUUUUUAAUGCUAAAGAAACCAAAUUAUAAGAAGUUAGAACUUCAAGUAUAUGCAACAUUUUUUGAGAUUUACAGUGGUAAGGUUUUUGACUUGUUGAACAGAAAGACCAAAUUAAGAGUGUUGGAGGAUGGUAAACAGCAAGUCCAGGUUGUGGGACUGCAGGAACGGGAGGUCAAAUGCGUUGAAGAUGUUUUAAAGCUGAUUGAAAUAGGCAACAGCUGCAGAACAUCUGGUCAGACUUCUGCAAAUGCACAUUCAUCUCGGAGCCAUGCAGUAUUUCAGAUUAUUCUCAGAAGGAAAGGCAAACUACAUGGUAAAUUUUCUCUGAUUGAUCUGGCUGGAAAUGAAAGAGGAGCAGAUACUUCAAGUGCGGAUAGGCAAACACGACUGGAAGGUGCAGAAAUUAACAAGAGCCUUUUAGCACUCAAGGAGUGCAUCAGAGCCUUAGGCCGAAACAAACCUCAUACUCCAUUCAGAGCAAGCAAACUUACUCAGGUGCUAAGAGAUUCAUUCAUAGGAGAAAAUUCCCGUACCUGUAUGAUUGCUACUAUUUCUCCAGGGAUGGCCUCAUGUGAAAACACUCUAAAUACACUGAGAUACGCAAAUAGAGUAAAGGAAUUUGGAAUUAGUCCUUCGGAUAUUCCCUUCUCACAGGGUAGUGGCAGUCGCUCUGAUCUCUCUCCUUCCUAUGAGUAUGACGACUUUUCUCCUUCAAUCACCAGAGUAAAGGAAUUAACAGUGGAUUCUAGUGCUGCAGGAGACAUUCGUCCAAUCAUACACCAUGCUCCAAAUCAGAUUGAUGAUCUAGAGACACAGUGGGGUGUAGGGAGCUCACCUCAGAGAGAUGAUCUCAAACUACUUUGUGAACAAAAUGAAGAGGAAGUUUCUCCGCAGUUGUUUACUUUCCAUGAAGCUGUGUCACAAAUGGUAGAAAUGGAAGAGCAAGUAGUAGAAGAUCACAGGGCUGUUUUCCAGGAAUCUAUAAGAUGGUUAGAAGAUGAAAAAGCCCUUCUAGAGAUGACUGAAGAAGUAGACUAUGAUGUGGAUUCCUAUGCUACACAACUUGAAGCAAUUCUAGAACAAAAAAUUGACAUUCUGACUGAACUCCGAGAUAAAGUGAAAUCUUUCCGGGCAGCUCUACAAGAGGAGGAACAGGCCAGUAAACAGAUCAAUCCGAAGAGACCGCGUGCCCUUUGAAAUGGGCCUCUGCUGCUAAAGGCUCCCCUGAACCCUUACUGCUGUAGCAUACAGUUGUAAUGAAACGGUGGCUGUAAGAACUCAACUACUUGAAAGUGUAAAAACUUUUGAAAUGUCUGUGGAAAUGUCCUGUUUCUUCUUCACCCCGAUGACAUUUUCAGUUUUGUGUGAAACACUCCUAUGAUGUCUACAAAAUGCUUCUAGACCAGACAGCACAACCAUGCAGGGUUCGGAUCUGUGAAGCACUUUGUUUAAAAUAGUUCAUUUAUUCAAAUUGUGAAUCUUUGUUUUGGAAAUCUUUGCCAUUUUUUGAUAAUGAAGUAAAACUGUGGACUUGAAAAUCUUCACAGUAUUUCCUUUUAAAUCUGUUCAGUUUUGUUACAAGGCCCAGCUGUGCAGUUCUCAGUUGUUUGCUUGCAUGCACACCUCAUCAGUGAUUGUACAUAACUGCUCUUCUAGAGACAGCUGUGCUUACCUCUCCCCAUUCUGUGCCUUGAUGAAGGCUACUUGAUCCUAAACCUUCUCUUUCUGAAGCACAGCCUUAAUAAACAACAUUCCUUAUUUGUCAAUGUAAAUUGCUUUUAGUGUGUGUACAUUUUUAAUGUGUUUCUGGUGACUAGUUCAUUUCACAGGAUGUGCCAUAUCAUUGAACAGGAACUAAAAGAGCUGUUAGAGUGGACAGACAGCUGGAUGUUCCAUUCUCCUUAUUUAAAAAAAAAAAGAAAAAGAAAAAAAA